AUUUGGAAGUCUCUCGACCCUAAUGGAGUAUUCUUUUAGUGCAGGGAGAUGGGGGAGACAAAACUUUCACAUGAGCAACCUUUAUGCCAUUUCAGUACUUUCUGAGGUGUUUUUUAUGAUGCAGUUAAAAAAUAAUAACAAUAGACAUAACAUUUAUUUGAGACAUUUUUAUUAGACGUUCAGCUUGGGGCCCUAUAGAGUGUUUGGGGCCCCAGGUAAUCACCCACCUUUGCCUAAAAAUAGGUCCGCCCCUGCCUAUGUAGUUGUCUGACUGUGUAAGGUCGUAUAGGAUGGAGUGGCAAAAUGUCAUUUACCCCAUUUUUUGCUAUGUGGUAGCAGGGAAAGGCUCCAGCAACCUCUAGCCUUGCACAGGAGAUAGAGCAUGCUUAAAUUGAUUUGUUCAAUUUGGUGCAAUGGAAUGUAAUUUACUAAAUAGCUCAGAUUAGAAGAACACCGUAAGGCCAUAGACCCAAAUCAGACCCUCCCCAUCCCAUUACUUUGAAAGUAUUAAAACAGGAAGUAGUUUCACCAGAAACAUCCCCACACUUUUGAAUGUGUCAGCUUCAAUUGAACGGUUCCAAAUCCUCCUGAGUGGCGUUCUGACAUGUUAUCAGUGAGAUGCUGACAGUUUCUCCCCCUCCCAUCCGGAGAGACAGCAGCACCCAUGUGAUCCUGUCCUCUCUCUCGAUUUCUCCGGCCGGGCUCUUGACGUCAGACAGGGCCCGAGCGGUUGCUAUGGCAACACAUUUCCCUACCCCUCUCCUCCUCCUCCUCCUGCUCCCCUCCCUCGCUGGUAGGUCCACAAUGGUACAGCCAGCAUCUUGCAGCACAAUGGUUGCAAGGUGGUGAGCUGGGGGAGAGUGAUUCAGCAUCAGCAGACCUCGGUUCCGUCCACCUUUGCUUCUUUACUUUUUCCAUCGCCCUUUUUCUACCAUUCUUCAAUUUUGUUUUUAUUAUUAUUCUAUAUUUGAAAGCCACGCCAUCAGCACGAGCGUCUCCCACUGCGCCCUCAGCAGCGAUGGUCUCCGCAGCGUUUCUCGUCGGGAUGUUUUGAACAGGACUGACACCGGACUGGGAUCGUCAUCAGCUGGCACGGAAUGGUAUUUAUGAGCAGACAUUUCUUAUAUAACUGCAGCCAACCAGUCCUGGAUGUAAAGAUAGCCUUUUGUCAGGGUUUUGGAAAACAAGUGGAUGUGUCAUAUAUUGCCAAACAUUACAACAUGAGCAAAAGCAAAGUGGACAACCAGUUCUACAGCGUGGAAGUGGGAGACUCCACCUUCACCGUUUUAAAACGCUACCAGAAUUUAAAGCCCAUUGGCUCUGGAGCUCAGGGAAUUGUCUGUGCGGGCUAUGAUGCUGUCCUGGACAGAAACGUAGCCAUUAAGAAACUGAGCAGACCCUUCCAGAACCAGACCCAUGCCAAGAGGGCAUAUCGGGAAUUGGUGCUCAUGAAAUGCGUCAAUCACAAAAAUAUUAUCAGUUUAUUAAAUGUCUUCACACCACAGAAAUCAUUAGAAGAGUUUCAAGAUGUGUACUUAGUGAUGGAGCUUAUGGAUGCCAAUUUAUGCCAGGUGAUUCAGAUGGAGCUCGACCAUGAGAGAAUGUCCUACCUGCUCUACCAGAUGCUGUGUGGAAUCAAACAUCUGCACUCAGCAGGCAUCAUUCACAGGGAUCUCAAACCAAGCAAUAUAGUGGUGAAAUCAGACUGCACUCUGAAGAUCUUGGACUUCGGCUUGGCCAGAACAGCAGGAACCAGUUUCAUGAUGACCCCGUAUGUGGUGACGCGGUACUACAGAGCCCCAGAGGUCAUCCUGGGAAUGGGGUACAAAGAGAACGUGGACAUGUGGUCAGUCGGCUGCAUCUUUGGAGAGGUGAUAAGAGGAACAGUGCUGUUCCCGGGGACUGACCACAUCGACCAGUGGAACAAGGUGAUUGAGCAGCUGGGCACGCCUUCCCCGGAGUUCAUGAAGAAGCUGCAGCCCACGGUGAGGAACUACGUCGAAAACCGGCCAAAGUACGCCGGCCUCACGUUUCCCAAACUAUUCCCCGACUGCCUUUUCCCCGCCGACUCGGAGCACAACAAACUCAAAGCCAGCCAGGCCAGAGACCUGCUGUCUAAGAUGCUGAUCAUUGACCCUGCUAAACGGAUAUCAGUGGACGAGGCCUUACAGCACCCCUACAUCAACGUGUGGUACGAUCCGGCUGAAGUGGAGGCGCCUCCACCUCAGAUCUACGACAAGCAGCUGGACGAGCGAGAACAUUCCAUUGAAGAAUGGAAAGAACUAAUCUACAAAGAGGUCAUGAACUUUGAGGAGAGAACGAAGAAUGGCGUUGUGAAGGGACAGCCUUCACCUUCAGGUGCAGCAGUGAAUAGCAGCGAGAGCCUCCCUCCCUCCUCCUCCAUCAACGACAUCUCCUCCAUGUCCACCGACCAGACCCUGGCCUCAGACACCGACAGCAGCCUGGAGACCUCUGCAGGACCCCUGGGGUGUUGCAGGUGACUAGCCGCCUGCCUGCGCAACCCCGCGUUCUUCCGUCGGUGAAGAACCGCUACUACAACAGAGGAAAUAAAAUACAAUAAAAAAGCAUUAAAAAAAAGGAAAAAUGAACAAAAACAUGAGCUAUGGAAACAUGAAAUGAUGAAAUCCUAAAGCCUGUGCAUUGUCAUUGAAAACCAACAGUGGUAUUUAAGCUGAAGUAAAUAUGGUUAUGAUCCUCUAGUUGCUUUGCUUCUAUUACCCCACAUGUCUUGUAUAUGGCGUUCAAGCAAAAGCGAAGAAACACUUCAUGUAUAGUACAGACCGACAUUCCUUCCAUUUUUGUUUGACGUGGCAAGGUGGGUCACUGUUCUUCUCAUCCACACUUUGAGUUCUAAUUUCAUCCAACGCAAGAACGUGUGUUUUUACGCAGUGAGCCUUCAGGAGGCUCCUUGAAAUACCUGUAAAUACUGUAAUUCUGUACAGCUCAAGGGCAGACGGUGUGGGACUGACGGCCAGUACACUGGAACUUUUCUUCCUUUUUCCUCCUACAAUCACACACCUUGCCACAUGACAUGACCUUGCCCCCCCCCUCGGUUGUCCACGCCUACCGCUGUAGUCCUGCAUGACUAGAUUUAAACAAUCUCACUGUAUGCUUAAAAAAUACAGGCUUCUGUGGAUGUACAAUGUAAACUAACUCGACUCCAGACUUUUCUUUUUUUGGGGGGGGUUGGUCUUUACUCAGUGAAAUGUGGGAGUUUUGACAAAAAAAUCUUUAGGGGAAGAGGCAGAUUUAUUAUUUUUUUUAAUUAUACCCCUCCUGGCAGAUUCUGAGAGCUGCCUCCAUCUCCAUGUCGUCGUGCACCAUUGUGAUGGAGGAGGAGGUUUAUCUGUGGUGUCACGGCAACGAGGCGACUUUGAAGUCCUCUUUAAAACAUGUGGAGGGGAUUUUAAAGGCAGGUGAACAAUCACAAAAAAUCUAAA